AUGACCACUGGAGGCCGACUCGUCCAGCAUCGAUAUACUAACUCUGGUGAGGGAUAUGUCAGUCUACCAAAACUCUGUCAGGCAUUCCUGGCCAUUGGUGCUCCAAUUCUCGACAUCGCUCGGCCGACCUCCACAAACACCUCUGCACUCCCUGACGAUGAUCCCAAUCUGAAGGUUGUGCGCGCAGAUUAUACAUCUGCAUCUGAGAUCUCCGCAAUCCUUCGUGAAAAUAAAGUAGACGUCCUCAUUUCUACUGUUACAUUUUUUUUCGGAGGCGUAGUUGUCCAAGACGUUCUCGCGGACGCUGCAAAGGAGGCGGGUGUUAAGCUAUUUGUACCCAGCGAAUUCGGCGUAUCACCCCCAGCAGCUGGUCUGAGUCAUGAAAAGCAUGACUUUGCAGUUUAUGCAAAAUCGAUUGGAUUGCCCACUCUCCGCGUCUAUAAUGGAUUUUUCCAUGACUUCGUGCCCUGGGUCACCGCACUCACUGAGACAGGCAAGUUUCAUAUCGUGAGCAAAGGGAAAAUGCCAGGAUCCUUCACUGCGAUAUCCGACGUUGCGGGAUACGUGGCUCAUAUUCUUACUACUCAACCACCGUCUCGUCUACUCGAUGUUGAAGUUCGCAUCGAAGGACAACGUGCAACACUCUUGGAGAUCAGUGCCCUAUACAAAGGCAGUGUUCCUGUAGUGCAUUGUGAUGCUCUUCCUACAGAAGGUGUGCUCGCCGCGGACUUUCGUACGGGAUACCAGCACCGGUUUGACUUCGGAGGAGCAAGUUCCGGCUGGAACCCUGAGACAGAAUCAGAUGACGCGGAAUUGGCGAACAAGGACAAUUCGCUAUGGGAGAGGCACCGCUGGUUGACUGUUGGGGAGGUUCUUGGACUGUAAUGAUAUGUAUGUGCACGAGACCUUUUAGAGCAAAGAAUAUGCUGUAGGGGCUUUGAAUCCUGAUGUAGCACAGUUGUUUGGAGCUUUCUGGAGCAUAGGUCAGAGCUCGAGUGGAUGUAUAUGAUAUACGACGUAUGUCGCGUGAAAUGCAAGAACGUUUACUCGAA